ACCUUCAUCACCGGUGUCAUGUAGCCUCGACCCUCGCUCAUCCUGAUUUCAGCCAGAGGACCCCGAUAUAACAGUACGACUAUGGCAUGGUAAACAUCUGCACAGCUCCUCGGCGUGUCAUGUACGUACAGUGUUGGGCGUCGGCCCACACUCUUGCUGCUGGCUCAGGCAAUGUGCUGUCUUCUUGUCUUACCCUCUUCUCCUUUCAAGUAUUAUCAGUGCUGGCAGAGAAUCCGGUUCCCCGGUCUGUUCGAAUCGGUCGACUCUCUUAUUUUGUGCUGCUUCUGUCUACCAUUUGCUUUGCUCAGCCCUACCUGCCUCUUGUUGAUCAACGACAUGCCUAGGCUAGCAUCCUGUCGCAUAUUACGUCUCAUCAUCUAUUAAAGGCCCCACGCC